AUGGGUGGAUCUUCCUCAAAACAAACAUCACCUAAACAAUCAACAAAAAGUAAUACCUCUGUUAAAACAGCUGAUACUCGAAAAAUGAUUCCAGACAAUUACCAAACAAUGGAAGAACUUCAACAAGGAUUAAGAGAAGCUGGUUUAGAAAGUUCUAAUUUAAUCCUUGGAAUAGACUACACUAAAUCAAAUACAUGGACUGGACAACGUUCUUUUGGUGGUCAAUGUCUUCAUACCAUUAAUCCACAAGAUCCAACAUUUAAUCCAUAUCAAAAAGUGAUUGACAUUAUUGGAAGAACAUUAGAUCCAUUUGAUGAUGACCAUUUAAUUCCAGUUUAUGGAUUUGGAGACAUUACAACAACAAAUAAAUCAAUUUUUUCAUUUUUACCAAAUGAUGCACCUUGUAAUGGAUUUGGUCAUGUUUUACAACGAUACAAUGAAAUUACUCCAAGUGUUCAAAUGUCUGGUCCAACUAAUUUUGCUCCAUUAAUCAACAAAACCAUUGACAUUGUUCGUAAAACUCAAGCAUAUCAUAUUCUAGUUAUUAUUGCAGAUGGUCAAGUUGAUAAUGAAAAAGCAACUAAAGCAGCAAUAGAACAAGCCUCUAACUAUCCUAUUUCAAUAAUUUGUAUUGGAGUAGGAGAUGGACCAUUUGAUAAGAUGGAAACUUUUGAUGAUGAAUUAGGUAACUCCAAAUUUGAUAAUUUCAAUUUUGUUAAUUUUAAUAAAGUUAUUGGGCCAAGAGUAGAAAAUCCUGACAUUGCAUUUGCUGUUGCUGCUCUUCAAGAAGUUCCUAUUCAAUACAUGUGUUGUAAGAAAUUGGGUUAUUUCUAA